AUGGCCGACCCUGGUCCAUCAACCCCAGAUAGGGACGACGAGUCCAAUGAACCACCACCCUCCGGCUCCGGGCCCUCGUCGUCGAAGGGGGUGGGAACGUCCGGCAAUGGCCGUGAACGGCGCGAUGACGGCGCAUUCCACCUCGACCUCGAGGAUGCCCUGACGCCCGAUCCCGGCACCGAGGACAUGUUCGUCGUCAAGGACAACAAAUUCGCCUACUCGCCGGGCCAGCUAUCCAAGCUCCUGAAUCCCAAGAGCCACGACGCCUUCUUCGCCCUCGGCGGCCUCGCGGGGAUGGAGAAGGGCUUGCGCACCGACCGAAACGCAGGCCUGAGCGUAGACGAGACCACCCUGGACGGCAACGUCGCCUUCGAAGACGUCGCUGCCAAGGGGGCGCCCAAGUACGGCGCCAGCGGCGACAUCGAGCCCGUUCCCAAGGGAGACGCCCCGACCGCGCCGCAGCUGCCGCCGCGCGAAAAUCGGCGGAACUUUAUCGACCGCACGAGGGUCUUCGGCACGAAUCGCCUGCCCGAGAAGAAGAGCAAGACCCUGCUUGAGCUUGCGUGGAUCACGUACAACGACAAGAUCCUCAUCUUGCUUACCGUUGCUGCCGUCGUCUCGCUCGCACUGGGCCUAUACGAGACCUUUGGCGUUCACCACGAACCGGGCGAGGCGAAGGUGGAAUGGGUCGAGGGCGUCGCCAUCAUGGUCGCCAUCGUCAUCGUCGUCGUGGUCGGGACCCUCAACGACUGGCAGAUGGAGAGGCAGUUCAAGAAGCUGAACGAGAAGCACGACGACCGCAUUGUCAAGGUCAUCCGCUCCGGGAAAACCGUCGAGAUCUCCAUUUUCGAUGUCAUGGUCGGGGACGUCAUGCAUCUUGAUACCGGCGAUCUCGUCCCUGUCGACGGCAUCUUCAUCACGGGCCACGGAGUCACCUGCGACGAGUCCUCGGCGACGGGCGAAUCCGACCUCCUCAAGAAAGUCCCUGCUGACGAUGUUUUUGCUGCGCUGGAAGAAGCAAGCAAGGGAAAUGGCCCUCCUGGAAAUGUCGAGAAGCUCGACCCCUUCAUUAUCUCGGGCAGCAAGAUCAACGAGGGAACAGGAACCUUCAUGGUGACUUCAGUGGGCGUCAACUCCAGCUAUGGACGCAUCACCAUGUCCAUGCACACCGACCAGGAAGCUACACCUCUGCAGAGGAAACUCAACCUCCUUGCGGACUGGAUCGCCAAGAUUGGAGGUGGCGCCGCCCUCCUCCUCUUCAUCGUCCUGUUCAUCAAGUUCCUGGUCGGGUUGCCCCACAGCCGCGACUCUCCGGCGGAGAAAGGCAACACUUUCAUGAGACUCUUUACCACCUCGGUCACGGUGGUCGUCGUCGCAGUCCCGGAAGGCCUCCCACUCGCCGUUACCUUGGCCCUCGCCUUCGCCACGACGAGGAUGAUGAAAGACAACAACCUUGUCCGGGUCCUGCGCGCAUGCGAAACGAUGGGCAACGCUACGACGGUCUGCUCCGACAAGACCGGCACGCUGACCCAGAACAAGAUGACCGUGGUGGCAGCUACACUGGGCAAGAGCAGCAGCUUCGGAGGCACCGACCCUCCCAUCGACGAGGAUGAUGCCAACUCCGACUCCGACAAUACCAACGACGCGGUGGCGGAUUCUAUUCCCAAUGUCUCCGUCGGCGAUUUUGUCAAAGGCAUAGGCAAGGCAGUAAAGCAGCUGAUCAUCCAGUCCAAUGCCGUCAACUCGACGGCCUUCGAAGGCGAUGUGGAUGGAGAGCAGACCUUCAUCGGCUCCAAGACCGAGGUGGCCCUUCUGGCCUUCUGCCGGGAUCGCCUGGGUGCCCCGCCCGUCCAGGAGGAGCGCACAAACGCCAACAUUGUCCAGGUCGUCCCCUUCGACUCGGCGGUCAAAUCCAUGGCAACAAUCGUCCAGUUGCCAGACGGGAAGUUCCGCGCAUAUGUCAAAGGCGCCUCUGAAAUUCUGCUAGCCAAGUGCACCAAAGUGGUCGCGGACCCCGGCGCCGACGAUCUUUCUACCACCGAGUUGACCGAAGACGAUGGCGACACGUUCUCCCGGAUUAUUACUUCGUAUGCCGGGCAGACCCUCCGAACCAUCGGCUCGUCGUACCGCGACUUUGAUUCUUGGCCGCCUCCUGAACUCGCCGGCCAGACAGAGCUCACCGCUGCCGAGUUCGACAAAGUUCACAAGGACAUGACUCUGGUCGCCAUCUUCGGCAUCAAGGACCCGCUAAGGCCGACUGUCAAGGAUGCGAUCGUCGACUGCCAGCGGGCCGGCGUGUUCGUGCGCAUGGUCACGGGCGACAACAUCGUGACGGGGCGGGCAAUCGCCAAGGAGUGCGGCAUAUACACCCCCGCGGAGGGCGGCAUCGCCAUGGAGGGCCCCGUCUUCCGUCGCAAGAGCGACGAGGAGCUCAAGCAGCUCGUGCCGAGGCUGCAGGUGCUCGCCCGGUCCAGCCCCAACGACAAGCAGCUCCUGGUCCGCAUCCUCAAGGAGCUGGGCGAGACGGUCGCGGUCACGGGCGACGGCACCAACGACGCGCCGGCGCUGAAGAUGGCCGACAUUGGCUUCGCCAUGGGCAUCGCCGGCACCGAGGUUGCAAAGGAGGCUGCUAGCAUCAUUUUGCUUGACGACAACUUCGCGUCCAUUGUCAAGGGCAUCGCCUGGGGCCGCGCUGUGAACGACAGCGUGAAGAAGUUCCUCCAGUUCCAACUCACGGUUAAUCUGACAGCCGUCAUUCUCACCUUUGUUUCUGCUGUGGCAAGCUCGACAGAGGAGUCGGUGCUCAACGCCGUGCAGCUGCUGUGGAUCAACCUCAUCAUGGACACCUUUGCGGCCCUCGCCCUCGCCACGGACCCGCCCGGCCCCUCCGUGCUAGACCGCAAGCCUGACAGGAAGUCGGCGCCGCUGAUCAACCUCACGAUGAUGAAGAUGAUCGUCGGCCAGGCUAUCUGCCAGCUGGUCAUCACGUUUGUGCUUAACUUCGGCGGACACUCUCUGCUCGGCUACGACGACAGCGAGCUUGAAACCAAGAGGCUGAAGACGUUGGUUUUCAAUACCUUUGUCUGGCUACAAAUAUUCAACGAGCUGAACAACCGCCGCCUUGACAACAAGCUCAACAUCUUCGAGGGCAUCACGCGCAACCGGCUCUUCAUCCUGAUCAACCUAGUCAUGAUCGGCGGCCAAGUCCUAAUCAUCUUCGUGGGCGGGCAAGCCUUCAAGAUCACCCGCCUGAACGGCAAGGAGUGGGGCCUCUCCAUCGGCCUGGGUGCCAUCUCGCUCCCCCUCGGCGCGCUCAUCCGCCUGUUCCCCGACCGCUGGAUCGCGGCGUGCAUGCCGUGGCUGGUGCGCAAGCGGUGGGCGCCCGAGACCAUCGACGAGCGCGUCCGCGAGGACCGCCGCGACAAGGCGCCGCUGCGUACCCUGUCCAUGGUGCGCGGGCGCCGCGCCGCCACGCACAUCAGCGACCACCGCGGCAUCAGGGAGUACAUCCGCGACCAGAAGGAUAAGGUCGCGGGGAAGGCGUUGGGCGCGUAUAAUGUUGCGAGCGCGUCGGCUACCGAGGUGCUGCUGGGGGGGAGCAGUAAGCCUGCGGCGGGCGGUAACAAUAGGUAG